AUGGAAUUAAUCCAGCCGAACGACGAGGUGCUAAUACAGCUACCUUCUGAAACCACCAAGCUGGUCAAAAUAGUCCCAGACUCCAUCAUCGGCUUAGGCAAAUUCGGCUCCUUCCCUGCCAAUAGUCUUCUAGGACGUCCGUAUUAUCUAACCUGGAGCAUUCUCGACGGUGAAAAUUUCGGACUCGAACCAGUCCCCAUUUCCGAGCUGAACAGCGAAAAACUCGCUACUCAUACCGUUCCUACUACAUCCUCGGACCCGGCGAAAGCUUCUAAGAAAUCGAAGAAUACCGAUAGUUCUACUCCCAGCGGGGUUGAUAGUCCUGGACUCGCACUUGAGGAUACGGCAAUUGGUGUACAGGUUGGCGACGAUGGUGAAGAAGACGAUGAAGAUGUCGCGCUUGAUGCUGGGAUGUUGGAGCAGGAGCUAGAGAGGGAGCAGAAGCUGUGGGAGGCCGAGAUGAAGAACAAUCGGGAUAUUCGAGACGAUCAGACGGCGCAGAGUAUGACUUGGCAGGAAAUUGAGAAGUUGAAGAAGAGUGGUGGUACAGGUAGUGGAAAGGAAAUCAUUUCGCGACUGCUCCAAUCGCAUGCCUACAUUGAUAAAAAGACCGCCUUCUCUUUGGCGAAAUACACAAAGAGGAAGACGAACAAAUACCUCAAACGUAUUAGAGUCAUCCCGGCCGAUGUACCGAAUUUCACAAACUACUUGAUCACGCAGAAGGAACCGCUCAAGAUGUUGGAGAUUAGAGAUGAAGCUAUGGGUCUCAUGAUGAGUUGGGCUGAUGUCAAGUGGGGUGGACGGUACCUUGUUAUCGACGACACGGGUGGAUUGGUAGUCGCUGCCAUGGCCGAAAGGAUGGGAUUACUGGCGGGAGAAGAUGCAAGGGCGCCCAAGAAAGUGUCGAGUGCGAGGAAACGGAAGAGAGAAGAAAUGGAUGAUGGAAAAGAUGCGAAAGAAGAGGAAGAGGCUCUGGUCCCUCAAGCUGAAGCCACCGGGGCUCCAGAAACUACAGAGGCUGCACAGAAGGAAGCCAAUGAUAAUCCAUACAAUACUCCUAUAAAACCAAAAACCGGCUACGAACAGACUACGGUCCCAAAUUCGAACACAAUCACAGUUCUACAUACCCAAGAUCAGCCGAACCUCUCUCUUCUCCGUCCCUUCAACUUCGACACCGCCAACCUCAUCAACACUACCACCCACCCACUCUCAACCCACCUUCUGUCCCUUUCAUACCUUCAGCUACUUUCCCCAGAAUCAGACGUAACUCUUGAACGUCCGCAAGUAAUCCCAGACCCCGUUUUACGCACCCUCAAAUCCGUAAAACGCUCAAACUACCACCGAAAAUGCCGUCGCCAGGAGAGAUUGCUAAACAUAGUCUCCUCAACUCGUCGAGGCGGUUUCGACGGCGCAAUUAUCGCCACCGGGAUGGAGCUUAGUGGUGUCAUAAACACUGUUACUCCGUUGCUAAAGGGUAGCGGACAACUCGUGAUUUAUUCUCCUUCCGUCGAACCUCUAUCAGAAGUGGUAGAUUGGUGCAGCACCCUUCGCAGAACAGAGUUUAUGCGUAUCAAAAAAGAAUCAGAAACCUCGUCGUCAUCGUCGUCCUUGACACAGCCACAACUCCACGUCUUAGAUCCGGAUAAUACAAAUCCGGAUAUCGACCCAGCUACCUUGGAAACCUUGAAAUCGUUACCAAAGUUGCCAGCUCAUACCUCGGAUGAAUAUUUCCCGAUCGAUCCCACGAAUUUGCUAGCCCCGACGAUUCAUACGAGCCGCGUGAGGACCUUCCAGGCGUUACCGGGGAGGACUCAUCCGUUGAUGACAAGUCGGGGAGGGAGUGAAGGGUAUGUGAUGCAUGCUACGAAGGUGUUUCCGAUAUUGGAAGGGAAAGUGGAGGCUAGAGGGAAGUUUGGGGGUAGGAAGAAAGGUGGUGGUGAAAGGAGCGGUGGUAGGGAUAAGGAGAAAGGAAAGACGAGUGCUAAGCUGAACGGGAAGAAGGAGGAUGUGAUGGAAGUUGAUGAUCUCGAUUGA